GUUUUUAUGAAUGAAAGGAAUCCUGUGAGUGAGUAAUUCCGGGAAGCUCGCCUUACAACUCGCGCGCGGCUCCGGCCCCUCGCCGUCCGCCCCACAACAAAACUCGGCGCGGCGCUCCCCGAACCCCGCGGUUCGGACCGGAGGAGAGACCGAGCGGAGCUGCGGAGCUGCGGAGCUGCGGGGCUGGGACAGCCGAGAGACCGCGCGUGCGAGGGGCGCCGGGCCUAGCGGUCGCGAGCGGGUCUGCAGACCCGAGGGCACUGUGCAAACAUGUCCGUGGAUCCCCUGUCCAGCAAAGCCCUGAAGGUGAAGCGCGAGCUGAGCGAGAACACGCCGCACCUGUCGGACGAGGCGCUGAUGGGGCUGUCGGUGCGCGAGCUGAACCGGAACCUGCGCGGGCUGUCGGCCGAGGAGGUGACGCGGCUCAAGCAGCGGCGCCGCACGCUCAAGAACCGCGGCUACGCCGCCAGCUGCCGCGUGAAGCGCGUGUGCCAGAAGGAGGAGCUGCAGAAGCAGAAGUCGGAGCUGGAGCGCGAGGUGGACAAGCUGGCGCGCGAGAACGCCGCCAUGCGCCUGGAGCUCGACGCGCUGCGCGGCAAGUGCGAGGCGCUGCAGGGCUUCGCGCGCUCCGCGGCCGCCGCGCGCGGGCCCGCCGCGCGCGUGGCGCCCGCCAGCGUCAUCACCAUCGUCAAAUCCGCGCCGGGCCCCGGGCACGGCCCCGCCCCCAGCGCGGACCCCGCCCCCUGCUCCUAGUGCCCGGCCCCGCCCCUCCGCAGGCCCCGCCCCCCCAGACCCUCGCUCCUUUCCCAAGUGCCUACAGGUCCCACCCAUCUCUCCCGAGGUCACACAUUCCCUUUCCGGGCUGUCUUCCUCGUACCAGCCCCCCCCACCCCACCCCCCAACACAGACCUAGUAGCCCCGGGGAAGGGCGAUUUGGCUAGGUGGGUGCCGUGUCCGGGGGCCCUGGUUCUCUUUGGACUCAAUUCAGCCCUCUCCCAUCGAUCGGGAGGAAUGGCGUUUGCAGCCACUCUGGAGGAGCUGUCUAUCUGGAGAAGGGAAAGGACGCCUCAUUUUGGAACCGGCUCUCAUGGUGCCAAUACACUCUUCCCAAUCCUCCCACAACUCACUUGUGGGGCUGUCAUGCCGGGAGGCGACACUGGAAGACCCCCCCCUCCCACAUCUGCUUUGGGCCUGGGAUGGCUGGCUUUUUCCAAAGCCAGGAGAGGCUUUCCUAUGGCCAGCGGAGCCCCGUGAAGCCGGGGAAGCUGUCAGAUGGACAGUGCCCAAGGCCGCAGAUCCAUGAUGGCGCUAGACCCCAAAGCUGGGCUUUCUCACUGUGGUCCUAAGAUGGCAGUCCCGGAUUUCAAGGGGACAGCAGACAGGGACUGAAAAUAAUUAGGGGGCACCCUUCCCGGCCUGGAGACUCUGUAAGACAGGGGGAGAGAAGCAGAAGGAGAGAGAAGGUGACAAAGAGGGAGGAGUGGGAAGGAGCUGGUCUGGCUCACCCCAGGGUUCUCCCUGUAGGUAGGGUGCCCUGGACUUGGCCAGCCAAAGAGAAAGGGAACAGUGGAGGUGACCACUGUGGCAUGCUGGGAGAUGGGGUAGGUGCAGAUCCUGCAGUUUCCAAAGCUGAGAAUGGGGGUCUUUGGGAGUCUGGAUCCCACCAGAACCCUUGAGUAUCCACUGUAGUGGGGGCUGACCACGGCCACCGAUGGCCACUCUCCUGGGGUACCCAGCCCCCCCAACCCAAAUACUGUGUACAAGCUGUCCAGUCCCACUGUUUUAUUUAUUGCACAAAUCUAAGUUAUUCUCCCCAGCUAGAGUUCAGUUUCUGCUAUGAGAAAAGUGGCACAGGCUCUGAGCUGGACUUUAUAUUUUAUAUCUGCAAAUAAAUCAUUUAUCUUAUAUUUACAGGAAGCCAGAUGGUGACAACAACAAAGAACUUAUUUUUAAAAGUUGCCAGGCCCCCAGAAGUUAUUUAUUUUCUGACUUACAGUGAGCCAGUUAUCUAUCUUCUGCAUUUUGUAGACUUUCUGAAUAAAGUCAAGCUCUUUCCAC